AGCUUUGGCCACUUUCUCUUUCGCUCGGACGAUAACAAAGUUUCUGGGGGUUCUAGAACGUUGGGGAGCCGCUUUGAAGUUCAAAGGACGCGGGGGAAGGAAGCGCUUUCUCUCUUUCCCCCCGGCUGCCCGGCUCCAGGCGAAGUUCCAGCUUAGGAGCCGCCGCCAUGGAGGCGGAGGAGGCGCAGCCGGACAGCCUGGACGGCUGGGUGGCCAUCAAGGAGAACCUCUUCGGCCAGCCCGAGCCGCCGCACAAGCUGCGCUUCCUGGUGGCUUGGAACGCCAUCGAGAGCAAGUUCGCGCUGACCUGCCACAACCGGACCUUGCAAGAGCAGGCGGGCGCCGAGGAGGACGGCGAGCAGCAGAUGAGCUGGGCCGGCUUGUACUCGCCGCAGGCCUUGCAGGGCGUCCACCGGCAGCUGGCGGCCUUGAGCCCGCCGCUCGAGCCCUGCUUCCCGGCGCUGCCGCCGGCGCUGAGCGGCCCUCGCGGCCUGUGGGCUUUGCUCUUCCCCAGCUGCCCGGUGCUGGAGGAGAGCGAGCUGGAAGCGCUGUGCCGCCGCCUGGAGGGCUACCUGGGCUGGGCCUUGGAGGGCUGCGGCCGGAAAGUGCUGCUGGACACCCUCUUUGCCCACGACCAGGACGAGGAGGACGAGUAUUUCGAGAACCUGCACGAGUUCCGGAGGAAAGCGCUCAAGGCGCGCCUGACCUGCGCCAAGGAGGCCUUGAGGAGGGUUCUCCACCAGCACAAAGAUGCCGACAAGUUGGUCACCUUAAUGGACCUCUACAAGGAGGAAGAUGAAGCUUAUUUGGAGCUGGUUACCACGGCAACCGAAUUCUAUCAAUAUUUAUUGCAGCCGUUUAGAGAUCUGCGGGAACUGGCAACGUUAUACAGACUGGAGAUCCUGAAAUCCUUGCAGGCCGACAGGCUGGGCCCCAGACGGAUAGAGGCCUUGCAGAAGGAGGCCGAGGAGUGGACGGAUCAGGCCGAAGAAGCCGUGUGCUCCAUUCAAGACAUCACAGUCAGUUACUUCAAGGAAACUGUGUCGGCGCUAGCAGCAAUGCAGAAACAGAUGGAGCAAGACCGAAAGCGCUUUGGCCAUGCUGCCUGGGCGUCGGCUUCUCCAAGGUUAGAAAACCUGAAGUACCUGUUAGCCAAAGAGACUCUCCAGCACAUGAGAGCCAAAGAGCUUUGCCUGAAGCACAAGAGAGCCGACAUCCGGAAGCAGAUGGAGACCCUUGACGAGCAAGAAAACAACACGGUUCGAGUUGAGGAGCUGGAAAUAGAUUAUUAUGAAACCCAGCUGGAGCUGUAUGAGGUUCAAUUUGAGAUACUGAAGAAUGAAGAAAUGCUGCUUAUUACUCAGUUGGAGACACUAAGGAGGCGGAUGAAAGAGAUCCAGGAUGAAGUCAUUUAUUAUGACACAUGUGAAAACCCCGAUGAAUUAGAAGCCACCGAGCAGGCCCUGGAAGGAACCCAUAAACCUUCUUCCGAAAUGUCUCAGUUGAGGCAGAAGACCCAGCAGCUGGAGACGAAACGUGGCAUUAUCUGUUCGAGAAGAGCCUAUCUCAGGAACAAAAAGGACCAGUGUGAGGAGAGCCGGAGGGUCCGGCUCCAGCAGGCGCAAGAGAGCACACUCCACUUCCAGCAACAUCACAGCAUCCAAAUUAAAAGGGAGAAGAGGAAAGACGAUGAGAAAAAGAAGAAAGCUUGGAUAAAGCAGGAGCGAGAGAAAACCCUGGAGAGGCUCAAAACCUUUAAGGAGAAAUGUCCCGCUCAGUUUGUGCUGAAGACGUCCCGGUCCCAGCCCUUAAACUCCAAGCAGCCACCAGGAGGGCCCCGCCGACCCCCGGCAGCGUCCGGACCCCGCCGACCCCCGGCUGCAGCGCCUCAACCUUUGUCGACCGGCAAGGUGGCUGUGGCUAAGCAGUCGAGGCCCCCCCGUCCCGCACCAGCCAAAGGCUCCAAAGCACCACGUCAGAAGCCUUCAAAAGAGAUACCCAUCCAGAUUUUCGUAUCACCAGGCGGCCCGGAGCAACACAAGAACGACGAGGGAGUGCCAUUGCCGCCCCCUCCCCCACCGCCCCCUCCGCCUCCCCCUCCCCCACUGCCAAACAUACCGCCUGUUUGCUUAAGGACGGCACAAGUCAAAGAGAAACCCGCCUUCCUUGCGGGCGAAGACCCUCCGAGGGGGAGCACCUCCGGGUGCUCAGCAAAUAAUUACACAGGAACCAUGGACGAGGUUUUGGCUUCGCUGAAGCGUGGCGAAAUCCUUCUCCGGAAAGUGGAGCCGCCCAGUCCGGCGCCUUCUUCGAGCUCCUCCCUCAAUGACAGCAUCCUCGCCGCCAUCAGGCAAGGUGUGAAGCUGAGGAAAGUCACUCCGGAGCCCAAGACGGACAUUGAGAAAAACUCCGACAACGAACUGGAGAGGAGCAUAAAGGCAGCGAUCCAGAGGAUCAAAAAAGUGUCAGCCGACUCAGAAGAGGACGAAAACAACGACUACAACAGCGGUGAAUGGAAUAGUUAAUAAAGCGGGUUGGGUUGCAAACUGCGUUCUGGAGUGCCUCGGAAGCUUGUCAGGGAUCCCUCAAGGAGAAAAGUAAUGUUAAACAGGCUCAGUCCACACAGGCAAGCCCCGAGGCCCAGCAGGCCUAGCCAGUGUCCUGCAUGGACAGAGUGUCCCAGAAUCCUUUGCAGCACAUGGGAGUUCUGGGGCAGAUGAGUCAGCGCAAAACCGGUUUCCCACUGGAACGGAGGAAGUUUGAAAACCGCCAAGUUAACAGAUUCAGGGCCACCAGUUUACUGGCCUGAAAUGUUAGGCUUUGUUGAAUUUUGCACAUUUUUUUUUAGGAAGGGUCUUGUUGUCUCUUAGGAAAUGAAGGAUGGUUUAUUUCAGGUGAUUCCUCACCAACAACGACGGUUCAGAACCGUUAAAAUGGUCUCCUUGAUAUUCUGUCUCAAAGAAGUGAUUAUUUUAUUGUACUCAACAAAACACUAUUCAAACAGAAUUCUCUCAGAAACCAUCCCGUUAAGACAGCCCAAGGAGAAUGAAUCACCCCUGAAAGAUGGACAGCCGCAUAGGAAAUUGGGGAAUGACCUCAGUGGGACACAUUUUUAAAAGCUGAGAAGUACUAACGAACUGACAUUUUUAAAAAAGUUCCCUUUGGGCAGUUCGUUACACAGUUCCUCAAGAUGACAAUAAGUAUCGCAACAGUGAAAUGUCUACUCCACCCUUCUCCAACUUGCUGGCUUUCCAGAUGUGAGAUUAUAAGUCUUGUAGCCCAAGACAUCUGGAGGACACCAUUUUGGGAAAGGCUACGCUGCACUUGGCUAAGCCUGCCUGUGACAACAGCUCUUGCUGAAACGAGUAUUUUUACUGGCCGUUGAAACCUUUUCUGCUGUUUAAAUCAAAGUUAGUUUUUUCAAUAAUAAUGUACGAACUCAAAACAGCUUUGAUCUGCGCGUUGUUGGCUAAGAAAGGACUCUCACGGUAUUUUAUGCAGUAUUUAGCAGAAUCCAAGAUACAGAGUGUUGCUAAUUUCCGUAAAUUUUAAUGCACGUUUGCCGUUUUUAAGGUUUAUUUUUAAUAGCGCCCUGAUCGGUUAACUAUCAAUUGGGCAAGCUACAUCAAGGAGGCAGGGCUGUACAGGUGGAAGGAAAGACAUAAGAUACUCCCCCACUCCCCAAAUGUGGCAUCCCCAGUUUUUUGUCAAACCAGCUUAGCUUAGUGUGUGGCAGGGCUUGUCCCACCAGCUGAAUGAAUGUCUCCCAAGUUGAGCUGAGCUAUUACCACCUACCUUAAUAGGAACAUAAGAAGAGCCCUGCUGGAUCAGACCAAGGGUCCAUCUAGUCCAGCACUCUGUUCACACAGUGGCCAACCAGCCGUCGGCCAGGGCUGAACAAGCAAGACAUGGAGCAACAGCACCCUCCCGCCCAUGUUCCCCAGCAACUGGUGCACACAGGCUUACUGCCUCGAAUACUGGAGAUAGCACACAACCAUCAGGGCUAGUAGCCAUUGUUUACCUUUGCCUCCAGGGAUUUAUCCAACCCCCUUUUAAAGCCACCCAGAUUGGUGGCCAUCACUGUAUCUUGUGGUAGUGAGUUCCAUAAUUUAACUCUGCGCUGUGUUAAGAAGUACUUCCUUAUAUUUGUCCUGGAUCUCCCACCAAUCAGUCUCAUGGGAUGACCCUGAGUUGUAGUAUUUUGAGAAGGGGAAGGAAAUGUCUCCCUAUCCACAUUCUCCAUACCCUGCAUAAUUUUGUACACCUCUAUCAUGUCUCCCCUUAGAGGCUAAGGAAGAUAGGAAACUGCCUUCUGCUGAGUCAGACCAUUGGUCCAUCUAGUCCAGUAUUGUCGGCACUGACCAGCAGCCGUGGUUCUCCAGGGAUUCAGGCAGGAGUUUUUCCAGCCCUACUUGGAGAUCCUGGGGAUCGAACCUGGGACCUCCUGCAUGCAAAGCAGGUGCUCCACCACUGAGCUACAUCCCCUCCCUUUGGUGGCAGUGGCAACUUAAGUAGCUAAGCUGCCGUCCCUGCGGAAUGAGACAUCGCUGGGCCAGAAUGACCCCGGUUGCUGUGAGCACAAUCUCUCAACCUGUCCAGCUCUGUUGCCACUUCAGGGAUGAUUAGCCCAGAAUGAGCUAAUCACACUCCAUGACUGCUUCCUACUGCACGUCCCUUCUCAGUUUUUGCUCUUGGUAGCCAUUUCAGGGGCCAACCUACAAAAGAGGAGGAUUCGCAGCACAGCAAACUAUGGGUAUUACCAGGAACCCAUUUCUUUUGCACCUAUGGAACUGACCUGGUUCCAGUUUUUAUCUCAAUUAUCUUCAUCAACACCUCGCAGCAAGAUAGGCUAAGCUGAGAAAUAAUUUGCCUCCCUCCCCCCGCCACCGUUUUUGGUGUUGAGCGGAGACUUGAAACAAAGUCUUUCAAAAUUAACAUCAACCACAAUUCAUAAGUAGCUUAUAUACGGCAUUACAAAUCUCUCAUUUUGCCAUGUUUGACACUUCUACUCUAAAAAGUAAGGUCUGUAACGGAAUAUGGUGACCAUAUCUAAUGUGCCAAGAAGAAAAGAAAUAUGUUCCUUUCUUCUAGAAAGAUGUAUUAGUUCUCUUAGAGCAUCCCAAAUAUCCACGCCCAGUCGCUCUUCUAGUCUCUCUGCAGUUUUCCCAUCUGCUUGCAAUUUCAAGCAGAAAUUGCUUGAAUUUGUUUAUCUGCUUGUUUAUCAGAAGACUUGAAACUAAUCCGCAGUCCCUUUUAAUGAACAGGAUUUUAUGGGUAAAGGUUUCAAGGUUACGCUGAAUCCUGCAACGUUCUGGAUUGCAUUAUUCAAUUCCCACCAGAAUAUCUUAUAAUGCAUAUAGGCUGCAUUAUUUUCUUCUCCAUCUCCAACAUCUACUAAGUGGUACGCAAUUAUG